UCCCGGCAUGCUACGCGUGGCUGACGCCUACUCCUCCCUCCUGCUUGCCUGACUGGCCUGGGCGAGCAAGCAGGCAAGAUGGCGGCUGAGGCGGAUUCGUGGGACGUGGACUCCUUCGAGGCGCCGGACCCCGUGGCCAGGCGGCUCCUACCCACGCCGGCCGGGGUGGCGGUGGUGGAUCGAUGGGCCGGCGAGGACGAGGACGACGACGUCAAGGAUAAUUGGGAUGAUGAGGAAGAGGAAGAAGAAAAGGAGGCGGAUGUAAAGACAGAACCCAAAGUUUCAGAAAAGAAGAAAAUAGCAGAAAAAAUAAAAGAGAGGGAAAAACUGCAGAAGAAAAAGCAAGAGGAGAUUAAAAAAAGGUUAGAGGAAUCGGAAGAAUCUAAAGAACUUACGCCAGAAGAACAGUUAGCAGACAAACUACGGCUGCAGAAAUUGCAAGAAGAGGCAGACCUUGAGUUAGCAAAAGAAACCUUUGGUGUAAAUAGCACGUGUGGAAUAGAUGCCAUGAAUCCAUCUUCCAAAGAUGACUUCACGGAGUUCGGCAAAUUGUUAAAAGAGAAAAUAACACAGUAUGAGAAAUCCCUAUAUUAUGCUGGUUUUUUGGAAGCAUUAGUUCGAGAUGUAUGUAUUUCACUGGAAGUUGAUGACUUGAAAAAGAUCACAAAUUCCUUGACAGUGCUAUGCAGCGAGAAGCAGAAACAAGAGAAGCAAAACAAAGCCAAAAAGAAGAAAAAGGGGGUGGUACCAGGAGGUGGUUUAAAAGCAACUAUGAAAGACGACCUGGCAGACUAUGGUGGCUAUGACGGUGGCUAUGUACAAGACUUUGAAGACUUCAUGUGACAUUUCUUCUCCCUCCUUGUCUUUCUGUUGCCCAUAAUCCCUUAAAUGUGUAGCACAACUUCUUUCCUUUAAAUUCUGCCAAAUGCUACAAUCAAAAAAAAGGGCAGUAUAUUUGUGCUGUUGGGUUACCCUGUCGCCACUCAGCUGCUGAAGCAUUGGGAUGCCCAUCUCGAUGCCAAGGGAGUAAAAUUAUGAGGCUCAAUUGUUUAAUCAUAGGAAAUAAUGGAACUUUGUUCAUGUUUGACUUCAUAGCAGCAGAAGCAGCACUGAAUUGGAAACUAAUUAAUUUCAACAAGGCCAAAAUUGUAUUCUUACCAGCACAGUUUAGUCAUAACAGCCUUAACUGUACCUCUUCCACUGACUACCCAGACAACAAAAGCAGUUUGCAGCAAGGGGGCAUGGUGUGUAUUUAGUAUUAAAAAUGGCUUUUAUCUAUUAAAUAGAGCUUGAGGUGUUUCAUUAGGUUGGCAAAUGGCCUGAGGGAGAAGAUUCUACACUUGGACAUCGGAGCUUUUGAAAGCAGCAAAUAACCCUUUCUUUGGGUCAGAACAGAGGCUGGUUCUGUUGCAUCGGGCAGGGGGAACUUGUGGCUUAAGUCUAAGCAGUUUAGUUUAUACACAUUUUUUUCCUGACUCUUUGGGAGAAUUCUUUCUCACCAGGUUGUGGUGGCUUUAGUUGAGCUCUCACAAGACUUUGCUGUUUUUCAUUUUUUUCAUUUACAGGAAUCCUGCUUAGCAAACUGCAACAGUUACGACAGUUGGGUAAAUUGUUAUGUUAACAAUUAUGACAUCUGCAAUGUUUUAUAAAAGCAACUAAUUUAAUAAAAUCACUAUUGUGAGGACUGAGA